AUGGCGGCAAUCACUGGUGUUAUCCUUCUUGCCGUUGGCAUUUGGGGCAAGGUGAGCCUGGAGAAUUAUUUCUCCCUUUUAAAUGAGAAGGCCACCAAUGUUCCCUUCGUGCUCAUCGGCACUGGCACUGUCAUCAUUCUUUUGGGCACCUUUGGCUGUUUUGCUACCUGCCGAGCUUCUGCGUGGAUGCUAAAACUGUAUGCAAUGUUUCUGACUCUCAUUUUUUUGGUUGAACUGGUCGCUGCCAUUGUUGGAUUUGUUUUCAGACAUGAGAUUAAGGACAGCUUUAAGAAUAAUUAUGAGAAAGCUUUAAAGCAGUAUAAUGCUACGGGAGAUUAUAGAAGCAAUGCAGUAGACAAGAUUCAAAGUACGUUACAUUGUUGUGGUGCCACAAACUUUAGAGAUUGGAAGGAUACUAAUUAUUACAUAGAAAAAGGAUUUCCCAAGAGUUGCUGUAAAGUUGAAGAUUGUUCUCCUCAGAGGGAUGCUGAUAAAGUAAACAAUGAAGGUUGUUUUAUAAAGGUAAUGACCAUUAUAGAGUCAGAAAUGGGAGUUGUUGCUGGAAUUUCCUUUGGAGUUGCUUGUUUCCAGCUGAUUGGAAUCUUUCUCGCCUACUGCCUCUCUCGCGCUAUAACAAACAACCAGUAUGAGAUAGUGUAACCAACAUUACAUAUGCUUACUCCUUUCCAUCUUUAAGGAUAUUUACAUUACCCUCUGUGAGCUACUAGAUUGCCUGGUUUGGAAAACUGCUCCAUGUUACCCAUUGACCGAAAAGCUACACCAAUAGUCUGAUUCAAUAUAGACAUUUGUCCAGUAUCAUAUAAGUCCACCUUUUGUCCCUAUCAUCAUGUAAGAUCAUUGAAACUUCCUUCUCUCUAUGAAACACUGCAAGAGCUAGUAAAUUGUAAAUGAAACAAUGUUUGCUUGUUCCUCUUGAUUAUUGUUUUUCUUAAUGUAGGACUUUUGAAAGGCACUGUGGAUUUUCUGUUUUGAUGUACUGUUAUAAAAUGGGAAAUUGACCCCUUUGAUCUGGCCCCUUCUGAGCCAAGGUUUAUGUGAUUUGAUUGCAUAAUUUGCAUCAGUAAGGUAAAUGUUUUCAUUAGUCUCUCUCUGUUCUGAUAAGCAUUGUGUAAUUUAAUUCCAGCCACGAGUUGGAUGGCACCCAUCAGAGUUGCCAGAUGGUGGUAACAGUCUCUGACCUAAGGUACCCAAGACUAAAGGGCACUACCAUUUCUGUGACACAUCAGAUAGCAGCACACUUAUACUUUACAUUUCCUUGCCUCCAAGUUCAGGUGUUUAUAUUUCCUCCAUCACUUGAAAGGUUCUAAUUAAUGGUGUUAGAAUUAGUGUAUUUUCCUGAGAAAUUUAAAGCAACUCAUCUUCAUUAGCUUUAGCUGGUAUUAUCUUACCAGAUUGAUAUGACUUAAUUAUCAAUAUCAUGGUCAACUUUAAUAAUCUUAGUUUUGGUUUAUGCCUUUGAUUCAUAAAUAUGACUUUUACACAAGAACUAUUGUUUUCCUGUAAAUUCGUAUUUAAAUUCACUUUUAGAAACUACUGAAUGGUUAUUUUCUACUGAGAAAGCUAAGCCCCAUAUUUCUAUUUGGAAUACAGUUUUAGAUAUGAAAUGUAGAACUGAGCUAUUGACUAUGAGUUUUUUUUAUUCAUUUAUUGCUUUCAGUUUUAUAUCCCACAUAUGAGUGAGAUCAUGUUGUCCUUAACUUUUUCUG